GUCCGCACCAUCACCACCAGCGAAGCAGAACGUCGUUCUUCUCCAACCUACUGAACUGUCUCUUUUUUUUUUUUUUUUUUUUUUACAUUUUCUUGUCCACUUGGACAAGAAGGCAGGGAAGUUGUCUUGACAGCCCACAACCAACCGCCAGUGGGGUGAGAGGGGAGGGAGCAUUCAGGACCUGGGUCCCCUCCGUGACAUGGAGCCAGGGCACAACCAACGGGAGGUUCGACGCUGGCUGAACGCCCCCUUAAGCCCCCCACUCCUUUCUCGAGCUGGGGUUCUGGCUCGGGGCUUGGAAAUGGACCUGAACUUGACUUUCGACGAUGAGGAGCACGAUUGACUAACUAGAGAAGAAAGGCGGCGGUGGCUGGGAGUCCCCGCCCCAACCCUAGGCCGAAGGGAAUGUGGCAUAGGGUCCCCACUUCGGACUCCCUAGCUCCUGCUCCCACUCUCGCACCUUCCAAAACGAAAGCACCUCGAGCAGCACCUCCGAAGGGGCUGCGUGACCCGCCCCCACGGACCUUCCACUCCAGUCCGGGAGGAGAGCUGGGGCCUCCCAGCGUGACCAAGGGCUGAGGGUGCCCACCCCACCCCCACCCCUCCUCGUUCCCGGGUCCCCAGAUCCCCUCCCUUCCUCCACCGCCCGCCCAACCCGCCGCCCCCGGCGGCUGGCGCGCGCGGUGCAGCAUGCGGCAAAGCUCUUUGCAUAAAUUAUGCUCAUGACGCAGCAGCUAAAAAAAUCCAAGUAGCAGAAGGAGGGAAAAAAGGGGGGGGAGAAAAAGGGGGGGUUGUGGAAGGGGGGAAAGAAGAAAAAUAUAUAUACCUGCCCGCCCCCCCCAGCUCCCCCUUCCUGCUUCCCGGUCGCCCCCCCCUCCGCCCCGCGCAGCCCGCGGAGUCCCCUUCGGCUCUGCCCAGCCCGGCCUGGGGGCCCGGGGGUGGCGGCGGGUCCCGACCGGCUCCCGGGCCGAGCCGAGCCCAGCCAAGCCGCACUGGCUUCUUUGUCUGCGGGCGGCGGCCGCCCGGCCCCGGCCCCAGCCCCCUGGCCCGAGCUGUGAGAUGAAUUUCUAAUCGGUGGCCGCCGGGCACCCGGGGCGAAGGCGGCUCGGGCUCGGGCUCCGAUGUGCUAGGUGUGGGCCGACCCCCACCCCACCCUGACAAGUAACCAUGGAUCCUGGAGCCGGGCCAGAGUCAUCUCUGACUGUCAAUGAGCAGUCUCUGGCUGGAUUCAAUUUUCAGGCCUCAGGACUGUGUUGUGGGAGUGCCUUCGGGUACAGGCCAAGUGCAGGGGAGGCCCGACGGAGCUUUUGCAUACACAGAGUGUCCCUGAAUCUUGAAUGGCCCAAUUCAAAGUGCUGGAGGUCAUCGUGAUGUCCGGCCACGAGACCAUCCGCGUGCUGGAAGUUGGAGUGGAUGCCCAGAUCUCUGCCGAGGAGGAGGGCAAAGGGCUGGAGGGUGUGGCUGCCGAGGGCUCCCAGAGCAGAGACCCUGGCGAAGCUAGUGAGCCUGCUGGUGAAGCUGGGCCAGACAACCCAGACUCCGCUGCAGAGGCAACUGUGAAGUCUCUGCCGGGGAUCCCUCCGAGCCCUGCCCCUGCUGUUGCCACCUUCAGCCAAGCCCCCAGCCAGCCGCAGGCCUCGCAGACCCUGGCGCCACUAACUGUACAAGCUGCCCCCCAGGUCUUGACUCAGGAAAACUUAGCCACAGUUCUGACAGGAGUUAUGGUUCCAGCAGGGGCAGUUACUCAACCUCUUCUUAUCCCCAUCAGUAUUGCAGGUCAAGUGGCUGGUCAGCAGGGGCUGGCCGUGUGGACAAUUCCUACAGCAACCGUGGCCGCCCUCCCAGGACUGACAGCUGCUUCUCCCACGGGGGGAAUUUUCAAGCCACCUUUAGCCGGUCUGCAAGCAGCCGCUGUGCUGAACACCGCCCUCCCGACACCCGUACAAGCUGUCCCACCGCCGGCACAGGCCUCCUCGCCCAGCCAGCCCCGGCCAGCAGCCCAGCCCCAGACGCUGUUCCAGACCCAGCCGCUGCUGCAGACCGCGCCUGCCAUUGUCCCGCAGCCCACUGCUGCGGCCGCUGCUGCCCCCACGCCCAAGCCGGUGGACACCCCCCCACAGAUCACCGUCCAGCCCGCGGGCUUCGCGCUGAGCCCAGGAAUUAUCAGUGCCGCUUCCCUCGGGGGACAGACCCAGAUCCUAGGUUCCCUCACUACCACUCCGGUCAUUGCCAACGCCAUUCCCAGCAUGCCAGGGAUCAGCAGUCAGAUCCUCACCAAUGCUCAGGGACAGGUUAUUGGAGCCCUUCCGUGGGUAGUGAACUCGGCUAGCGUGGCAGCCCCAGCACCAGCCCAGAGCCUGCAGGUCCAGGCUGUGACACCCCAGCUGUUGUUGAAUGCCCAGGGCCAGGUGAUUGCAACCCUGGCCAGCAGCCCCCUGCCUCCACCCGUGGCUGUCCGGAAGGCAAGCACGCCUGAGUCCCCUGCUAAGAGUGAGGUACAGCCCAUCCAGCCCACGCCAGCCGUGCCCCAGCCUGCGGUGGUCAUCGCCAGCCCGGCCCCAGCGGCCAAGCCAUCUGCCUCUGUUCCCAUUCCAAUCACCUGCUCUGAGACCCCUACUGUCAGCCAGUUGGUAUCCAAGCCACAUACCCCAAGUCUGGAUGAGGACGGAAUCAACUUGGAAGAGAUCCGGGAGUUUGCCAAGAACUUUAAGAUCCGACGGCUGUCCCUGGGCCUCACGCAGACUCAGGUGGGUCAGGCUCUGACUGCCACGGAAGGCCCGGCCUACAGCCAGUCAGCUAUCUGCAGGUUCGAGAAGCUGGACAUCACGCCCAAGAGUGCCCAGAAGCUGAAGCCAGUGCUGGAAAAGUGGCUGAAUGAAGCCGAACUCCGGAACCAGGAAGGGCAGCAGAACCUGAUGGAGUUUGUGGGAGGUGAGCCCUCCAAGAAACGCAAACGCCGCACCUCCUUCACCCCCCAGGCCAUAGAGGCUCUGAAUGCCUACUUCGAGAAGAACCCGCUGCCCACAGGCCAGGAGAUCACCGAGAUUGCUAAGGAGCUCAACUAUGACCGGGAGGUGGUGCGGGUCUGGUUCUGCAAUCGGCGCCAGACGCUCAAGAACACCAGCAAGCUGAAUGUCUUUCAGAUCCCUUAGGGCUCAGCCCCCAGCCCUGCGUUCCAGCACUUUGUACUUCUCCCUUGGCACCUGGCUGCAGCCACCGCCGUGACAGCACCUGUCACAGUGUGGCACGCAGCUGUGCUUGUCCUGGGUCGCGAGACUCCACCGUGUGCAUGUGUGUCCGCUGCCUCCCUCCUCUCCUCCACGUAUCUCACAGCAUGGGGAGGGCAGAGGGGCCCACCGAGAGCUCCAGGCUCAGGCCGGUCACGCUGAGGGAUCCCUCCCUCACUUAAAGAAGCACUUUGCUAAUGUGGUUUUCGAAGGGUGAAUUCUGGUUGGGAACCAGACACCCCCCCCCCCCCCGCCCCCCGUCCUGGGGGCAGGGCUGCUGCAGCCCCCAAAGGACCCCUGGCCAUUUGCUCUUGUUUUCGACGGCAUUCUCUCUGGCCCUCUCUUCCCCUUUGCUCCUGUGUGUAAGUGUGGCAGGGACUGCAGCCUCACCUCCCACCCUUUGCCUGCAGGCACACUGCCCCCCCACCCCUCCCGAAAGGACCCAAGAGGCACAAUUCUGGGAAAAGUGUGAUGAGCUGCUCAGAAGGUCAGGCUCAGGGUCUGCCUUGCCUUCAAGGUCAGAAGGUGCCCGCAGCCCUGGGGCCAGAACACGUGAUCUCCUUUCCCACUUCUUCCUGAUUCCUUUUGGGGGGAAAUUGCACUAAAGGGGAACCUUUUCAUUUGUAAUCCAUGGUGGAAGGAAGCAGCUUUGAACUCUAGCUGUCCUGGAGUUGACCUGGGUGUACAGCACGUUGGGAACUUAGUAAAUAAGCCCAUCCUCCCAGAUUUUAAUCUAAUCUCUGCCCAUGGCUGUCUCGGCCACUAAACAGUGAGGGAUAGAGAACUGGCAGCCUGGAAAAUCCCAUUGCCCAAGCUCGCAGCACCCUGGAGAAAAAUGAGGGAAGGAAUGCUGACUCUCUCUUUCUCUUGUCCUCCCACUCACCCCCAACCCAGUGCCGGGCCUUCUCAGAAGGGGCACAUGAAACCCUAAACCAGACAGCAAGGCCCCGGGGAAAAGGCCAACAUCCAGAAAGGACUGAUGGCAGCCCAGGAAGGUCUCUUGCGGAAGGUGACUUAACUCUUAAUUUUCUUUGAGACUUUGAGCCUUGGAUAUUGGGAGGAGAAAUCUUAUUUUGUCCAAAGUCUUAGACCACGUGUUUGUGCAAACGAUCCCCGCCCCCACCCGCCCCACCCCCCGUCGAGAAGACCCCUGAGGCAGGAUGGGCGUCACCUGUAGAAAGGACAGCUAUGGCACGUUGCGGGCUGGCGUCUCAUCCGAGCUGCUAAGUGAGUUUCACGGUGGCUGGACAACCCCUGGAACUCAGUAUGUCACUCUGGGAGGUCAGGAGAGCACCAAGAGGUUGACUUAGAUGAACCCAGGCUUGCUGCGUAGACCGUCCCUAAAGGGGCACAAGUCACAGAGCCAGGUCCGUAGCAGCCGCCCUCCUCCUCCUCCACACCUCACAAGAUAUACCCUGAUGAAGUGGCUGUGAGGCGAGGGCACAUCCCCACCCCCACUGGUCACUGUGGCAGAGCCACCUCCUAGUCUAGCUUCCUCCGGCUUGCCGUCAUUUCCUGCCUACGACUGGUCCCCGGCAGGCCCUACAUUGGCAGAGUGUGAGAGGACAAUUGUGUGUCAAAUUGCCACGCACACACCCCGCUACGUUCGGACCAACCAAACCUUCCCGAGUGUAGUGAGAACGACGAAGCGGGCAGGCACCUUGCCUGCCCCGGCCUCCCAGGAGAGAGUAUGUCUCCCCGGCGGGGCGGGGGGGGGGGGGGGGGGGGGGCGUCACACUCAAGUUUAGGGUUAUCCACCCUGUCUGCAUGAGAUGAACUGGCUUGGGAGAGGCAUGCUAAGCAAGUCUUCAGUAAGAAGAGUUAAAGUCCUGGGGUUGGCAAAGGAUUCAGUGACUUACCCUUCAAUAAAUCAGAGAGAGACAGGUUUUCACCCUCAAACACUUGCGUUCAGAUAUGCUUUCUUUUUUGGGAGAGACAAGUGGGUCACAGCUGGAGCCCUGGAAGUAGCAUAUAAUCCAGGGUGUGGCCGUGGCUGUGGAGAUGCAGGAGGAACCCAUCUGUCCUGGUCUGCGGAAGGGAAAAGAUAAUGAAGUUCUGGUCUAAAUUAGGCCUGGCCAUGCUUUCUCAGCUCCUCCCUUUUCUAAAUCUGUCUUCCCGAGGCUGGGCUAGAAUGAAACCAUUUUCUCCUCUCCAGGAAGGAUGGGUAGGUCUUUCCGAGGGACAGAAUUUUUGCGGGCUGAAUUCCCCAGGCAAGGGGGUGCAGAGUAUCCCUGAAAUGGCCCAGGGCAGAGCUCACCGGCUUGCUGUCUCUGCUCCUGCUCUCCCACUGUCGGACCCUCGGGGAGCAGCUAUCUGUACCCGAGGUGGGUUUUCUGCUUUGUUUCUGGUAGCGCCAGGCUCUGAAGGGCGUUAAUGUAACUUUUGUCUUGAAAGCACCUUUCUGGACAGAAGCCAGAGCUUAGGCAGAAGAAAGGGCAGAAAUGAUUUCACUGUCUGCGUGUGGUGUUGUUUGUUUGUUUUUUGUUUUAAAUGAAAGAAAGACCAAAACUUUCUAUGGCCCGGUGAAUCAGCUGGGGUCUUUGACCCUGCACUAUCCACGGCAUUUUAUCUAGUGGGGGCCCAGGGAAGAAUUUGGCCAAGCGGAUUGAGGAACACACUUGAAUCUGGAAUGAGAGAAACCCUGACGUUUUUGUGCCCUUGGACCCACUCACCUUCCUAUGCCUAGAUUUCCUUUGUGUCUCGUAGGCCAGGCCCUGACACUGAGGUUCUGACUAUCUCCCCACAAGGGGCAAAGCCUGCUGAGGGCUGGAGUGAGGGGUGGGGAGGGAAGAAUGGGGAUGAAGCACUUGAUGUAGUUGUGUGGAAUAAACAGUAUUUUUCUUUUGUACGGGUCUGCUUGUUGAUCCUUCAUCUCUCAGGAGCUGAUAGGGAGAAGCCAGACAAGUACCGGGGAGCUACCUCUGCCAUC